UAUAUACUGCUCGAUCGGCCAAUUCUAGAACCACAACACUAAUAUAGCCAGCUAAAAUGGAAGCCCUACCUAUUUUCUCCGCCCUAUUUGCUGCCGCAUCCGUAUACCUCUUCUGGUUCUACCUCUUGGCUCGAAAACUCACUGGACCAAGCGUCUGGCCGGUCGUGGGCAGCAUUCCAUUUCUGUUCUCAAACCGGAAUCAAAUCCACGAUUGGAUCACAAACAACCUCCGCGCCACCGGGGUUUCAGCCACAUAUCAAACAUGCACGCUCGCUCUCCCUUUCCUGGCUCGCAGGCAAGGGUUGUUCACCGUGACAUGCAACCCUAAAAACAUCGAACAUAUUCUCCGAACACGGUUCGAUAAUUAUCCCAAGGGACCGACGUACCAGGCAGCAUUUCACGAUCUUUUGGGGGAGGGGAUAUUCAAUAGCGACGGAGAGACGUGGCUGACACAGAGGAAGACGGCCGCGUUGGAGUUCACGACGCGGACAUUGCGGCAGGCCAUGGCUCGGUGGGUGAACCGGACGAUCAGGAACCGGCUUUGGUUCAUUUUGGAUAAGGCGGCGAGAGAUCACAUCGCGGUGGACUUGCAGGACCUUUUGCUUCGCUUGACUUUCGACAACAUUUGUGGACUCACAUUUGGCAAGGACCCGGAAACGCUGUCGCCGGAGCUACCCGACAACCCGUUUUCGAAGGCAUUCGACAACGCCACCGAAGCCACUCUCAAGCGCCUCCUCUAUCCUUCCUUCCUAUGGAGAAUCCAGAAGCUUUUCGGCCUCGGCGCCGAGCGACAGCUGGAGAAGAGCCUCGAAGUCGUUGGGGACUAUAUGAACGACGCCGUCGCCGCACGCAAGUUGACGCCGUCCGACGACCUCAUCUCUCGCUUCAUGAACAAGCGCGACAUCGACGGCAACCCGUUCCCCAGCGCCGUCCUCCAGCGGAUAGCCCUCAACUUUGUCCUCGCCGGCCGCGACACCUCGUCGGUGGCGCUCAGCUGGUUCUUCCACCUUGUCAUGGAAAAUCCACAAAUCGAGGAGAAAAUCGUCGCCGAGAUCUCGACAGUCCUGAAACAGACACGUGGCGAUGAUCCGCGACUCUGGGUCAAGGAGCCUUUGGUUUUCGACGAGGCGGAUAAGCUGGUUUAUUUGAAGGCGGCGCUGUCUGAGACUUUACGAUUAUACCCCUCCGUGCCGGAGGAUUUUAAGUACGUCGUGAACGACGACAUUCUGCCGGACGGGACUUUCGUGCCGGCCGGUUCGACAGUGACGUAUUCGAUUUACUCGGUGGGGAGGAUGAAGAGCAUCUGGGGGGAAGAUUGCAUGGAGUUUAAACCGGACCGGUGGAUCUCCGCCGACGGGAAGUUCGAACCGCCCAAGGACGGUUACAAGUUCGUGGCGUUCAAUGCUGGACCGAGGACUUGUUUGGGGAAGGACUUGGCUUACCUGCAGAUGAAGUCGGUGGCUUCCGCCGUGCUCUUGCGUUACCGGCUGUCUCUGGUUCCCGGAUUCCGGGCCCAGCAGAAGAUGUCACUCACGCUCUUCAUGAAGGACGGGCUUCAGGUGUAUUUGCAUCCACGUAAGCUUGGAGGUGGGCCAGAUCAAGUUACUCAGGCCGCUGCCACCUCAGCAUAGGCAGGGGUAUUUUCGAGAUUCAGAAAAACUAUGGCAUGUGUACUUUGGUGGCUAGUGGGUAAGAGAGAUUUUUUAAAGUUCGUUUAGAUGUAUUUUUAAAAUGACUGAAAGCGUUUUUAGUGAAAAUGUUUUUGAAACCAAUCCUUAGUAAAAAUGCAAGUAAAUUCUGGAAAAUCACUUAAAGUGCUUCUUGGAUGAAACACAUAACUAUUGCUUCUUGCAGAAAGCACUUUAAGUGUUUUUGGAACCAAAAAACAUUUUCUCUAAAAGCACUUUCAGUCAUUUUAAAAACACAUCCAAACGAGUUCUUAGUAUGCUGGAAACACGGUUUGGAAUACUAAGUGUUAUAAUAUAAUUGGCUUAAAAUUAAAAAAGAAUUUAGCCAAUUGUAUUUUGACACUUGAUGUUUCGAGUUGUGUUCCUGACACACUAAAAAAUUUCUUGGUUGUAAUUAAGAAAAAUGUAUACGUUGUCAAUUGUUGGUCUUGUUGGGUGGGUUAAGUUAAAAAGUGGGUUGAAUGGGUGAGUGAUGGUUGCUCAUCUAAGUUGGAAGAUUUGAUGAUGUCUUUGUGUUGUUAAUUAUAUUCCAUAUUAUUUGAUGUGUUUUUUAUUAAUACUUUUAUUAAUAAAAUGUAAAUGUACACUCUUUAACCUA